CAUGAUAUGUCAGAAAUGCUACUUUGUUUGAGAAAGCUCGGUUGUUUCUUCGGACACAUUUUUGACCCAAUUUUGUUGGCGAAUUUUCCCCAUUUUUUUCUGCCCCAAGAGGAGUCCGGUGUUGACAAUUUUGCGAGUAGUAACACUCCUGCAAACACCCCCACAGUCUGGCCCUGUGUCCCUACUUGUCUCGGUGUUUAUCCUGUUGUAUCCGCCGAUGUUCCCGUGUGUUUUGGUGUCCGGUUUACACUUUACUUGUGUCAGACAAGCCUGCAAAUAGCGACACGCCGCUCAAAUCGUGCCGGAGUUUCCGCUGUUUUCACGGCUUGGAGUUUCCUGCACGACCUUGACAGCUCCAUCCAGCGCACCUUGUCGACGCUGUUCCCGCCGUACCACGCCACCGCGCCCCUCCUCCUCGGCCAGGUGUGCCAGAUUGUGGAGAACCGUUUCCGUGGCGAUGGCAUGACCUUCCUGAGCGACUGGCUCAUCCCAGCCAAACCCGUGCUGCAGUGUGUACGAGAGGAGGCCAGGCUUUUACACGCAGGGAAGCUCUUGAGACACGAGGGUUGGCCGCUGUGCCUUAAUGACAAGAUCGUGGUGCAUCUUCUAGAGCCACAGGACGAACCACUCCGUCCAGGUGAAUUCCUCUUCUACAUCGUACAACCGUCACGUCGGACCGCGAGGCUAGCCAUCAAGUUCUGCAUCCGCGAACGAGAGACAGAGAAGCUUCUGAUUGCGGAGGAAACAUACGAGAACCUGUUCUCCUUGGAAUGGCUGAACAGCGUGAACGCCGUGCUGACAGGACGGAAGCUACGGAAGUGCGUCGUGACGGGACGGUCGGGCGUUAGGAGGAUGGACUGGCGUCGCGUCGCGGAGCCGCGGGUAACAACGAUCGACGAGGAUAUCGACACACUGGCGGAACGCGCGAGCAACACGAGCUUAGUCAGCAAGACGAGCUCGAGUAGUAACACAAGCAAUGGCAGUUCAGGGAGUAACUUGAGUUCUGGAAAUGUUGCGAGUAUCGGAAAGGUGGAAUCCGAUAUCAGUCUGAACAGUGUCGGAUCUAUUGAGAAUGCAAGCUGCAAUGCCAAUUCAAUCAGUGGUGCUUCAACUGAGAAUACUGUGUGUGAAACGAGUUUUGAAAGAGUUGUUGGAAGAGAAGGGAACGUUGAGGAGAAUGUUGGGAGUAAUGGUAAUGUUUGUCAGAAGGCAGAUUCUGCUGGCAACCUGAGCAGUGCAGAGACAGCUGUUCUUGAGGAGACAGGUUUGUGUGAGGAUUCGAACAGAGGGCUACCAGGUACCGCAGAAGAGGAAAUGAAGGAUAAGGAUGAUGAGAAUGGAGUGAGAGAAGAAAGGAAAGAUGUAGAGAUGAAGGAAAGUGAUGGACAGAAGGUGACGGUGAAUGGAGAGGUGACAGAUGACAGCACAGUUGAGAGGAGGGGUUUUCCGCAUCAAGCUCUUCUCGGCGAGACAGCAGCGACAGAAGACACAAAGUCCAGAGGUUCCCACGAACGGCGGCAACAUGGCGGGAAGAAACGCAACCCAGGAAUGGAGCAGCGUUCACGGUCGGAACCCUUCCCGAAAACAGUGGAAAGCAAUCUGACGUCGGACAUGUUGAGGGAAUCGUCCGGGAGCAGCGACGACAUUUUCGUCAGCUCCUCCGGAGCGGCGGACUUCAGGGCCAUGAAACAACGGAUGCAGCAGAAACGGGACGAGAUGUUCACACACUUCCAGCGGUUCAAACAGGAAAUGUCGGAAGGUUCCACUCUGCUUGAGGACGAAAUUCUAGGAUACGACGAAGAUGAUUAUAUUCUAAGACACAGGGGCAGUCGGCCGCGUGCAUUGAGCGAGGGUGUUGGGAUGUACUCCCCCACGGGUUUGUACUCACCCACGGGUUUGUACUCACCCACGAGGAGAAGGAGUGUGGAUAGUAGCAACAGCGACAGCGAUAUCGAGGAUUUCACAAGGAGGAUGUUGGUGCAUGAGACAAGGACGAGUGAAAGUGAUGAAGUGAAGGAGACAAGGUUUUCGUUUUCUCAGGAUGUGCAACAUAGGAACUUGGAAGGUACCAAUCAGUUUGUUUCAGGUGGGACACGGAGGCUGCCACCCCCUCCAAAUGGAAUGGAGUUGCCCCCUCCCCCAUCUUCCCCACCGUGGGGUCAGGGGUCACGGCUGGACAGGCCUGUGCAGACAUUGGAAGUGAACUUCGACCUUUUACAUUCUGGUGCUGUGUACCUGCCAGGUUGCAUGUCUAAGUGCGGGCGCACAGUUCUGGUGGUCCAGGCAGCCAACGCUGUACUGGAACACACGGAAUACAGCGCCUCAGAGCUGGCACGACUGCUCAUGUACUUUCAGGGAAUACCCAGGUAUGACACGAGACAGAAGGGCAUUAUCGUAGUGGUGGACUGUAGAGAGUCUGUUCCCCACACACUGGACAUGGUGGGAGGGGCCAUCUGUGUGCUGCAGGAGAACAUCCCCUAUGCUGUGUACCAGGUGCUGGUGCUGCUCCCUGAGAACUCACCACUGGUGGACACCUGCUACACAUCCUUCUCUUCUGGAGAGGUCAUAGUGGAGGUUGAGACGAUAACGGACAUGACUGAGCUGCAGCAGCUGUUUGUAGAGGAUGAGGUACCAGUGGAGUUUGGAGGAACGUACCAGUACAGCCACGAGGACUGGAUCAGAUUCAGAAUGAAGCUCGAGCCGUUCCUCCUGGGGAGUCGCAGCACCGGGAAGUUCCUAACCGCGGUCUGGGAGGAGCUUCUCGCCGGCGACAUGGCGACGGUUGCCGGGGACGGACAGCAGGAAGAGGUAGAGGAGGAGGAGGAGGCGGUUGCCGGGGAGGAGUGUGAUGAUGAAGUGAGGCUGAAGGAAGUUCUGGAGGAUCCGAGAGUGAAGGCGCUACAGAUGGAGGGGGAGGGCGUGCUAGAGAAGCUGAGGACGGAACACUCUGCCCUGGCACCGUCCCAGGACUACAGGGACUCGCUGGACUAUGUGACGUACCUUUACAACUACUGCUCUGACAUGGUGUCCAAACUCACAGCCUCGCCGGAGCAGAGGAGGGUUCAGAUGGAGCAGGGAAGGAAGCUCAAGGCUUUCGAGGACAGGUGUAUACAGGUGUUAUCUUGGGUGCAGAAUGAAGGAGAGGUGAGGCUAGAACGUCUCUCCGAGCCAGGUGACUCGCUAGACGCCAUCAAAAACACCACCAAGGAGUUUGAGAGGUUCUACUAUCAAGCAAUGCAACAAUGUGCAAAAGGGAAUGACCUGCUAGAGGAGGCGAGCAGCUUGGCACAGACGGGAGAGUUCAACACGACAGGGAUACGGGAGCGCGCCAAGUCUCUCCAGGAGCAGCUCCUCGGCUUCUCAAGAAAACUGGAGCAGAAGCGGGAUGUCUUAGAGAAGACCAUGAAGCUGUACUACUUCUUUGAUAAGGCCUACGAGUGGGCGCUGGAGGGAAUGAAGUUCGUGGCGCUGAUGAACAUGGAGGAGUGCCACUCUCUGCGGGGCUGCGACAACCUCAUGCACGACCUGGACACGUACCUGCGCGACCACCCGCCCAUUCCGUCCGACAAGUUCGACCGCAUGGCGGCACUCGCAAACAAACUGGACAACCAGAAGUGCAUGGAGCAGUGCAAGUUUGCCAGGACUAAGUGUCGGGAGACGGAGCAGCUGGUAGAGCGCAAGCAGGCAGCGCUGAGGAAAGCCAAGCAGAACUUGGAGGGGAGUAAAACCGACAAACCGCGCAGGAGAACUGUAGCAAGCGGAGAGGAGACCAGGCUUGUGGUGCCUAGAACUGUAGACACACAACCAAAGCAGGAGCUUAUAGAGGAGGAGAGUAGCACAAAGUGUGCGGUGAAGACGUCAGAAGUUAGGGACAUUAAGAGAGUCGUAGCAAAGAUGAACAGUGCAGGGAGCACCGACAGUAGAGACACCAGCAGCAGUGAAAGAACUGACGAAGGUUUCGUGGAGGGAGAGAGUUUGGAAGCCUCUGUGAUAUCAGGCAGCUGCCCGGUUUCUCCCAUUUCUAAUGUUGCAAGUCCCGAUUCCCAGUCCGUGAAGAGCGAGCCCACGCCAUCGGGCACCACGAGUACGCCGGUAGGAGGGGCGCGACCCAAGGAACACCCGGUCAAACGUCUCAUGAAGAGACAUAGCACGGCGUUCGAGCUCUCCAGAUUCAAAAUUCCCGGACUGGACUACUCCAGGAAGGGGCGGUCGCCCACCACCCCCAUCACCAAGGACGAUCUGGCUGUUUCAAGGUCGCAGGACACUUUGUUGCAAGGAGAGGACAGUCAGGAGACGCUGGCUUCCUUUAACUCCGGGGAGGAGAGUCUCCUGUUGCCUCAGACAAAUACUCAUCUGAAGAAGUCUUCCAGUGUGCCAAGAUUGGAGGGAGAUGGUGAUCAGGUUGUGCCAGAGGUCAAGAAAACAAGUAAGCUGGACCUGAUCAUGGAUGAGUUCCUACAGACAGAGAGAGACUACGUGGCUUCUUUACAGUACAUCAUUGAGCACUACAUUCCUGAGAUGGACCGGGACGACAUCCCGCAGGAGCUGCGGGGGAAGCGGGGCGUCAUCUUCGGCAACCUGGAGAAGAUCUACGACUUUCACUCCAUCUACUUCCUGUCCGAGCUGGAGUCCAUCAAGGAGAACCCGCUCAAGCUGGCCAGGUGUCUCAUGAAGCACGAGAAGGAGUUCUACCUGUACGCGCUGUACAGCAAGAACAAGCCCAAGUCUGACGCGCUCAUGGCCGACCACGGCAGCGCCUUCUUCAGGAGGAAGCAGCGAGAGACAGGAGAUAAGAUGGACCUGGCCAGCUACCUGCUGAAGCCUGUGCAGCGCAUGGGGAAGUACGCCCUGCUGCUGAAGGAGCUGCUGGCAGAGUGUCCGCAGGUGCAGGCUGAGGAGCAGGAACUGGCAGACCUCAGGGCUGCUGAGGACCUGGUGAAGUUCCAGCUGAGACACGGGAACAACCUGCUGGCCAUGGACUCCCUGCGAGACUGUGAUGUCAACAUCAACGAACAGGGGAAACUGCUCAGACAGGAUGAGUUCCUUGUCUGGCAGGGGAGGAAGAAGUUCUUCCGUCAUGUCUUCUUGUUCGAGGACCUGAUCCUGUUCAGCAAGACUAAGAGAACCAGUGGGGGUCAUGACGUCUACCUGUACAAGAACAGCUUUAAGACUACGGAGAUUGGGUUGACCAAUCCGUUCAACCGUGUUUUACAGAGCACAGAGGUCGGGCUCACGGAGACCAUCGGCGAGAGCGGAUUCAAGUUCGAGAUCUGGUUCCGGCGCAGAAAACCGGGCGAAACGUACAUCCUGCAGGCGCCCAACCAGACCGUUAAGGACGCGUGGGUCGACGAGAUCACCAAGUUGCUAUGGAAACAGGCCUGCAGAAGUAAAGAGCUGAAGCAGAUAGAGCUGGCCUCCAUGGGGAUCGGCAGCAAGCCUCACCUGGACAUCAAACCCAGCGGGAACCAGAUCAGCGCCCGCUCCAUCGACUACGUCAUGCGGGGCAGAGGAGCGAGAACGAGGAACUCCAUCGCGGUCCCGUCCUUCGAGCACUCCCCGUCGCUGAAGAGACCUCACUCCCUCAUCUCCACCUCCAGCAGCUCCUCCUCCAGCACACAGACAUCCUCCAUCCUGGGCGGCCUCGCGCUCGCCAACUUCGACAUCCCGUCCUCGCUGAUAGAGGCGGAUGAGGAGGAGCUCAACAUCCGGACGUCCAUGAGGCCAGACAGCACGGGCAGUUCGUCCACCGACGGCAGCAUGAGUGUGUAUAACUCGGACGGCCGGACUCCGAGCCGGUCCUCUGUCGAGACCUCCAGUGACUCUGUUCCUUCCACCAAUGCCUUGUCUCCCUCUUCACUGACGACCCCAGCACCGACCGACGCGCCGUUCGUGACCUCGCCCCCCUCCCCACGCACACAGAAGAAAACCAGCAGCCAUUUUGUCACAGCUGCCAAAUCCUUCUUUGGGAUUCAAAGAAAGUAACGGUUUGGUGUCCGCCAUUUUACUUGGGGUAUGACUAUAGGAGUGAUGUAGUAGCUGACGUGUCAAAGACGCUUCUUCGUAGCGCUAACGGCAAGUAGACGUCUAACACUGGAGUGGGCCCUCGUUUGUUGUCGCUUCAGCGCUUGUAGUCACGGCAACGAUUACCGUAGUAACCCUGCUCCAUACCUGCUCCUCCAGAUGCGAGCUGGGGUUGAGAGAAUUCGGAACUGUGAAGACCGAUACGGAAAUCCUGCGUGAUUCUGAGACUCGAGGAGUGGGCAAGGAGACUUACUUACUUAAAGUGUGGCGGCUUUAAAGUGUGGACUUGCCAGGAGCAAGGCUGGUGUUUGUUGGAACUCUGCUGCGGAGUUCAGGACUCUGUGGAACGGAGAAGCUCGCAGCUGCAUUCAGCAAUGUGCACAGACUUUGCAUCGUAACCCAAUAAGCAACUCAAACAAACAAACAAACAAACAACCAAUCAACAACAGGAUAUAGGAUAUUUCUUUUGCACAACUACUUAAUCUUACCUGCUGACGUUUCGAUGACUGCCAAACAUCUUCGUCAACAAAUAAGCCACAGAAGGAAAGUGGACUCAACUUGUUCUAACCUUCCUGUCCAUUCACUUCAAUCCUAACAAGGUUUCCAGCCAAACCAAGCUAGCCAUGUACUAAAAGUGUUCACAGCAAUAACAGCCCAAAACUCAUCCUGGAUCAAUGUUAUCAUGGCAACGACACAGCUGUACAUAUGUGAAUAGUCCCGACAAUCAGGUCGUAGUUGUUACGCCCGGUUACCAACGUGUAGAUAUGAUAUGUAAAUCUCCCUUUAUUUAAUUCUAUUUUAUCAUUUUUGUAUUCUGUGAGCCAUGUGUAGGAUGUAUACACGAGGAGGGUCUCAUGACAUGCAUGCUUUGUUAAUAUUAAGGAGUAAGAAAUGUGCCUUAAAGUAAGGACAGCCCAACUUUGGAAUUUCUUCAUUUUAUCUUCGCUCCGCCCACAUUGUAUAGAAUGCAAGUCUGAAAGCAGUGAAAGCGCUCUGUAGAGUUAUUGAUGCAUUUUAGUACCAACAUGUACAUCAUGUCUAUGUUUUGAAUAAGCAGUUUCUCUGCCAAAGUCUUGUUCCUUGAUUCCCAAAUCUUGCCAUCAGUAGUCAGCCAGAAGGCUUUAACAUGACGUGUGUGCUCUCCUAGCUCUCUUCCUGUCGGACAAACUAAGAGAAGUACAUGUACAAGUACGUAGAGUGAGAUACAUGCUAGUGAUCAGAUUGUAAGGAUCAAACCUGAAGGAGGAGGGACUGUUGCAAUGUUCCUGUAGAGGUGUGGCCACACAGGCCAUGAGCAGAGUUCUUGUACAGCAAGGGGAAAUAUCUAUAUAUUUAAUGUUAUGUACAGGAAAAGGUGUGUAUUAAAGUUCACUAACAGUACAUGUAUGAAAGCCUGGAACACGUUUGUAAAGCUCUUGUCACACCUUACGCAAUCAUUGACAUCCUUUUGUAUGCAUAUUAAUGAAAUCUGCACUGCCCUUGUUAACACUUGAGUACAACAUAAAUAUAAUGGUCCACAACAGUUGAAGCCUUUUGCCAAUUUGAAACUGCCCAUAGUUCAUAGUGCACAAUAUUUCCCUCAUUGGUGAAGUGCAGAUCUCAGUAUGGAUGUCUUUGUUUACCCAAGACUGAUACCAGCAGGUUGUUGUAAAAGAACUGCCAUGAUGUGACAAAGAGAUUAGAAGAUGACCGUGAAAUACAACCUUGCUAAAACGUGCUGAGUUUAUGUCAGUAUGAUAUGAGUAUGGCACUGGUCACCCUAACAUGGAAAGUCAUAUUCCAAUAUUCAAUGGCACAAUGUUUGAAUAUAUCUGCUGAUAUUGCAUUUUGGCACUGUUCCAUGGAAAUGUUACUUUUUAUGAUUCUGAAUCUCAAGUGUGUUUCCUUACUUAAAGUGACCAGUGCUUGUAGGAUUUUUGCUGUCAUCUUUAUACUUGUAGUUUAAUGUAGUCGUCCCAACGACUUCAAACCACCUCUGGUAAAGGCUCACCUGGUAUGGGUUUAAUUUCCAAGCAGAUAUAAGCUUUUGCCAACAUUUACAGAUUUUGUAGGUCUGUCAAGUAGUUAAAAAUUUUGCCUUUUUUUAUCUUCGACUUACCUUAAAGAAGAAAUGGCAACAAAACAAACCCAAGUGACAUAUCUGCUUGGAGACUAAUCUGUGUUGGGUGCAGUCUUACUCCUAACCAGAGUAGACGUUUUCUGUAGAAUAGGAACCAUCUGCAUACAAUGAGGAACUGUUCGCACAUCUUAUGCACAAUCAUGGUUGAUGGGAUUCUCGCACAGUUACGUAUUUCAAUCAGUCAGAAUCAAAGGCGCCACUGAAAACAUUAUUUAGUCCAUACCAGAGAAUCAGAAACAGUAUUGUAAUUUUAUGUCUUUUGGCAACUCUCUGCACAUGUUAAGGCUAAUUUCUAACAGGUCCAAGUCUUUGUGUACAAAAUAGUGGACUAACAAACGAACAACAUGAUUUAGCCCUGUUACGGGAAAUGUCGCUAAUGUUUGUAAUCAUGUUCAGCUGUAAUUGCCGCUAUAUUUCUGUGAUUAGAGUCGAAGCAGUUUAUUCUUCGCAAAUAAAGAAGCACCCAGUGCUCUGUAUGGAAGA